AUGGCCAUUGAUCUCAAUAAUGGGCAAAAUACCCUUGCGGCCGGCCCGCGGGUCAUUCACACUAUUUCCCCAGAAUUCCCCGCAUCAAGGGCGGCCGCCUCUGCUUCUAAGCGCCAAAAUGGGGCCUCGGGAUGUGCUGGAAAUUUAGUCCUAAAAUUAUCAAUCACGGAUGUAAUUCCUAUCCGUCAUCUCAACCCGUCAAGGAUGAUUCCCAUCCUUGAGAUCUGUUAUCUCGUCCGCCGGUCGUCCGAAGCCAUAGAUCCAUCCGGCUUGAAACCUCAUUAUUGCAUCUCUUCACAUUGGCUGAUUGAUCAGAAGAGCCGCUCAGGAGCCGCCCAGGAGCAGUUCUUCUGCUGCCUACGGAUACCACUUGGACUCUACUUGGGUUUCAUUGGCGCUACCUCGGGUAUUGCCGAGUUUACUGGGUCUGUGCAACGACAUGUCGAGUGGUCAUCUUCUAGCAAUGCGAUCCCGAGACGGACGCGGGGCAGUGUCCCGGCCCGUAGGAUCAUGAACAGCGUGCGAGUUCCCGGAGCAAAAUUGCCUCCCAUGAUGUCUCAAUCUCCUUUCGCCCGGAGCAGCCCAUUAUCGUCUUCAAUGUUUUUCGUCCUCUAUAGCGUCCCGAUCGUCAUUUUCUCUCUCCGGGGCCACUUCCACAUCAUGCCUGGAUUUCUCAGUCCGGCAGUCAGGCCCGGACGACAGUCGCAGAUCAAUCCGCUUCAAGCAAAUUAUCGGAACACAGGCGGCUCUAAAUUGAUAGCCACAUCGGAAGAUGCUGCCAAAAAAUCGCUAGGGUUCGGGGUAUCGAAUGAAAUAAACGUCUUUGACACCAACAACACCGUCAGUCACUUUCUGGUUUUAGAAACGACACCAUAG